UCCUGUGAACCGGGGACCUCACCGUCUGCAACCUGAUUGACAAACAUCACCAACGCCCAUGCACUUGAAAUAUAGGAAAUGAAUCGAGCUACCAGAAGAGUCUCUUUUUCCCGAUAAUUGAGAGGAGAUCUAGCCCACGGCCAGCUGCACCACUUCUGCUCUUUGUGCGUCCGCUCCCCCUGUUUGAUAGCGCAGCAGGCAAAGGCCGAUUGUUCUCUUUGCGGCUCGUGAGUUGAGAGUGAAACAGCUCUGACAGUCUAUUGUAUAGCCUAAUAGCUAUUGGAGUGAGAGACUGUUCGCCCCUUCAUCUGCUUCUCUUCGACGAUCUGCCCCUCCGUCCUGCUGACUCCUCUUCACUCUGUGUCCAUCCAAAAUGGCAACGAAAAUCGAUAAAGACGCUUGCAGAGAAGCUUACAACCAAGUCAGGGACGAUAACACAGAGAUAAAUUGGGCGUCGUUUAUAUACGAGGGCUCUAUGAUCGUAUCUGGGGGACAAGGCACCGACUAUGAGGAAUUCAAGAGUCAGUGCAAAGAUGAUGUCCGUCUCUAUGGCUUCGUGAGGAUCACGACGGGGGACGCCAUGAGCAAGCGGGCCAAGUUCACCCUGAUCACGUGGAUCGGAGAGAACGUCAGCGGACUGCAGCGGGCCAAGAUCAGCACAGACAAGACGCUGGUCAAGGACAUCGUGCAGAACUUUGCCAAGGAGUUCAUGAUCAGUGACAUCCGGGAGCUGGACGAGAACUACAUCCGCACUGAGCUGAAGAAAGCCGGCGGUGCCAACUAUGACGCCCAGGCCGAGUAGCGAGUCUGGGGGGUCCCCAGGCAGCGGUGUUUGGGUGGGGGGGGGGGUUAGGAGAGGAAGUUGAAAGUAAAGGGGAAUGAUGCAUGGGGAGCUAAAGGUAGUGUGGACUUUGGUAGGACAUCAGGGAGAGAGAAAGAGAGAGCGGGAAUAAACAACUUCUGAAUGGACAACACACAGACACACAGACACACAGACACAAACACACAAACAUUAAAGUGGAGGGGCAAAACAAUGUUGCUUUUUUUGGUACUACACAUACUGUAUAUGCAUGUUGCAAAAAGACACACUGACAUACAUUGAUACAAACACAUCAAACAUAAUGCCAACCAAACAAGAACCCUCUCCCCUGUAGCCUGUAUGCCCUGUCUUAGUUAUUAUGUCAUGGUCGCUCAUCUACUGUGCAGUGCAUCAUCAUCUCACAUGUCAUCAUCUCAACCUGUGCUGUAGAGGAGCUAAAGAACCACUUGGCAACAUUGACAACGACACUAUCUGAACAUCACUCUUUACCACAACUAGACUCGGAUAACAACAACAAAUGGAGGUCUCCUCUGAAUUCUAUAUUUUAUUGGCCUUUAGUAUUACAAAAUUUGGAACAUGAGCACACCGUGAAUGAUUUAUUUUGGUGCAACAAUCCACCUCAAUGCGGCUUAGAACCUAAUGAUGAUCAUUACUAUGGAUGAUAAAUUAGUUUUUUCUUUUCGGGGCCAACAUUCAUACAUGUGGUGCAAGUAGAAGCGUAUACCUUCCUAAUUGUUCGAUAAAAGUGGGCGCAAAAAGAGUUAACAGUAAUGAAUGUGGUGGAAUGUCAUCUUGCACUUGCACUUGCACAGGAUUUGCAUCUUGCUAGGUAGCCCUUUGGUGACUCGUGAAAUCCCACCAAGGCAGUAAUGUAUGGAUAACAGCCUAACGAAUUGUUGCAGUUACAUUUUGUUGCAAUGUUGUAUUUUUAUUUUUUACAUUAAACUAGACCUUUUAUGGCUGUUUGGUUUUUAAAUGCAACUCCUUGUCCUCCCAAGUCUCUUAUGUUUGAUUUGAUUUUCAUGUCUUGAGUUUUUUAACAAGAGCAAUGUUAACAAUAGUCACGAGGCGCUCCUGUUCUGUGACAGGAACUGGAAAGGAAGCACAUGAGAUUCUAGGCCACUGAUGGGCUAUCAUUUCCCAUGGAGGUUCAGGAGUUUAUUUUAGGCUUUUCAUUCCAUCAAAUAACUAUACCCAAUGAAUCCACCGAAUAAUGGAGGAUUUAAACACUGAAACUGGAAGGUGUAGAUACGGGUUUGUAAAUGGAAGGCACGAUAGCACACAAACAAUUGCUCCCUUUUUUCAGUUCAGUUUGAGCAUGUACAGCCUUAUUACCUACCUAACGGGCAUAGAAUGUGAAAACAGAAAUCGUACAGAUAUUUACCCCCAAAUUACAGAACAACAUUGGCAUUGUAAUCUAUCUAAGAUAUGGUUGAAUUCUUCUGGUACUAGAUAUUCAUGAGUAUGAGCUUUUUGAAGUUAAACAAACAGACAGACAGAAAAAGUCUUUGUCCUGAUAGCCCCUUUGGACCCUCCACCUAUUUGAGGUAUCAUGCAUAUUGUAACCCAAUGUGCUGAAUGCCUUAAUCUCCCAUGGAGAGAGGGGCAUCAUGGGAGUUUGUGGACAUUACACUGUGAUUGGUUGUACUCCAUUUUUAGGGUUUAUAUUGACCCAUACCUUACUUGGUAGAGCAGCCAUGUUGAAAUGUCAUCCUACCCCUCAAGCAGCCAUUUAUUGGUUGUAGUAAAUUGUUUUGAACCAUCCUAAAUGAAAUAUCGUAUUUUCUUUUUUUUCUCUUGUACUGUUCUGAAUUUGUCUUUUGAGAUGAGUUUUAUUUUCUCUUAAGAGAUGUACCUUUGAUAUCAACGUAAGAGCCAUGUUAUCUUGGUAAUUGGAAGAAAAUAUAAUACAAAAAAAACAAGAAUAACAGGAAAGGAAAUGUAACGGGAACAAUCAUUUCAAAAUUAAAGCUGUUUUUUUCCUAAAUUUGUUGUCUGUUUU